AUGAUUAGUAUAGGUUAUGCUGGUCCUACACCCACAGGAGUCGAAGCAGCUCUCCUAGUCACAGCUCCAGCACCACCAAUGAUGACUGCCAUAGUACCUCUGGUACCUCCUCAAACUCACACAACAUCAAGUUUCAGUAUAAUGCAACAUUGGGGACAUCUUUCUCCAUAUUAUUCAGUCUCUUCUCAUGGUUUACCAGAAACCAACAGUCUUAUUCCUGAACAGUGUCAAUUGAAAUCAUUACAUUGGUUACAAAGACACGGCGCGAGAUAUCCUACUUCGGAUCCUUAUGGUGCUGCGGCUUUUGGGAAAAGGUUGAUGAUGGCUAAAGAAUCUAAAUAUUUUAGAGGGAAUGGUGAAUUGAGAUUCUUGAAUCAAUGGGAAUAUAAAUUAGGUGCGGAGUUGUUGACUCCUUUUGGGAGAAGUCAAUUGUAUAAUCUAGGAGUAGCAGCCAGAUUAAAAUACGGUUUCUUACUUGAUAGAAUGGACGGUAGAUUACCCGUUUUCAGAACAGAAUCACAAGAUCGGAUGCUUCGGUCGGCUCAAAAUUUUGCAGCUGGUUUCUUUGGGAUUCCCGCAGAGGAACAUUACCAUUUGGAAGUUAUGAUUGAAUCUCCUGGUUUUAAUGGUACUCUAUCGCCUUGGCAUGCUUGCAAAGCGGAAAAUCAUUCCAUCAACGUCGACCUUCCUGCUAAACUUGCCCAAUGGGAUGCUGUCUUCCUUUCAGAUGCUCAGACGAGACUUUCAGCGCAGUUAAGUGGAUACGACUUGACUUUGGCCGAUACGGCGGCUAUGAUGGAGAUGUGUGCGUAUGAGACCGUAGCAUUAGGUUUCUCCGCAUUCUGUGACCUCUUCACUCAAACCGAAUGGAAAGGUUACGAAUACCGAAUGGACAUUUUCUGGUGGUAUUACGGCAGUUUUGGGUUCCCACUUUCAAAAGCACAAGGUGUAGGAUGGGUUCAAGAACUUGUUUCCCGUUUAACUCAUACGAGAUUAACAGAAUUCAAUUCUACUACGAAUUCAACUUUACAUAAUGAUGUUUAUUUCCCUUUGGAUGAUCCUAUCAAUAUAGACUUUACUCACGAUACCGUCUUCGCUAUGUUACUUCCCACUCUCAACCUCACCACCUUCGCUCAAUCCGGUCCUCCCUCACUUGACCAAAUGCCCAAACAUCGUUCUUUCAUAGCAUCCAAAAUUAUACCCUUCGCCACCAACCUUCAGAUCCAAGUACUUUCCUGUACCGACACGAAAGACUCCGAACAAGUGAGGUUGAUAUUGAACGAUGGGGUGGUGCCUCUCACCGGACUGACAGGGUGUGAUGAUGAUGUCGAGGGUAGAUGUUCGUUGGAAGGGUUCGUUUCGAGUUUGAAGACUUUGAUAGGGGAAGUGGAUUUUGCUAAGGAGUGCGGAGCUAGGGAUAAUUGA